ACACUGCAUUACUCAUGCAGUGCCAAGUGCCAAGUUGGAUUCCUCCAUCCUUCCUCCACGUAUGCAAGCGUUACACGGUACACUAGUUAGCGACCUAUGUAACGGAUCUUCAGCUCGCGCUCAUCAUCAGUGCCGAGACUUCAGGCGACAGCCAACGUCAACGAAACCGGUCAAGAAUUGAAUUUUUCACCGCGGAAAGUGACUGAUUAGUGUCUGUUGUUGGCAGUUUUGAGAGCUAUAAACAGCUUAACCGUAACGCAUAUAUUUGAUCAGUUCUAUUCCAGCUCGCAAGAUAAAUGAAAUGAUGCUGUCAGUUGCAGUACUUCUGCUCGUAGCCAGCAGGCUAACCGAUGCCUUCUAUGUUCCUGGUGUUGCCCCUGUAGAGUUCACAGAAGGUCAAGCAGUAGCCAUCAAGGGAGUGAAGCUGACAAGUACAAAGACACAGCUACCUUAUGAAUACUACUCUGUGAAGCUGUGCCCUCCUGUUGCUGGUAACAUCGUCCAUGAAUCCGAGAAUCUCGGAGAGGUCUUGAGAGGGGACAGGAUUGUCAAUACCAACUAUGUGGUGAAGAUGAAGACAUACCAUAGUUGUCUGGUCCUGUGUGAAGUUGAGUUUGACAAGAAAGAGUUAAAGACUCUGGUUGAUCGCAUCAAAGAAGAUUACAAUGUUCAUUUGAUCGCAGACAACCUUCCAGCUGCUACCAAAAUUCAAAUAGACAAAGAUGAGGAGUUUCAGUACGCUCAUGGCUACAAGAUGGGAUUCGUUGCUAAUAAAAAGAUUUACUUGAACAAUCACCUUGAGCUGGAUAUGAAGUCACAUAAACUCACCCCAGAAGGGAAUGAGUAUCGCAUCGUUGGCUUUGAGGUUCGUGCUCGCAGUCUCAAGCAUGAAACAGGCAAGAAGGCGGAGGAUGAGUGUGUCGCCACGCCCCCAGAACAGGAGCCCCCUGCAGAUGCCAUGGAAAUAAUAGAAGGAGCUGAAAAGCAAACCAUUGUGUUCUCGUACGGUGUUCACUGGGAGGACAGUGACAUAGUCUGGGCAUCACGAUGGGACAUAUACCUUGCAAUGAGUGAUGUACAGAUUCAUUGGUUCUCAAUCAUCAAUUCGCUCGUCGUUAUCUUCUUUUUAGCUGGUAUACUGACCAUGAUUAUGAUCAGGACACUCAGAAGAGACAUUGCAAGAUACACCGAUGAAGAUGGGGAGGACACGACAGAAGAGACCGGUUGGAAACUGGUUCAUGGUGAUGUCUUCAGACCACCCAGGUACAAACAGCUCUUAGCAGCUCUUGUAGGUGCUGGGGUGCAGAUCUUCAGUAUGGCUCUUAUAACAAUAGUGAUCGCUAUGUUUGGUAUGCUGUCUCCAAGCAGUCGAGGAGCUCUGCUGAAUGCUGCCCUCUUUGGCUUCGUCUUCUUUGGUGUGUUUGCAGGCUACUUCUCUGGUAGACUUUACAAGACGAUGAAAGGAACAAGAUGGACUACAGCUGGUUUCAUGACUGCAACCAUCUAUCCUGCCAUCAUGUUCGGUACGGCGUUCUUCCUCAAUUUCUUCAUUAUGGGCAAGCAUUCGUCCGGAGCCGUACCGUUCACGACGCUCCUAGCCCUGCUAUGCAUGUGGUUUGGUAUCUCACUACCUCUCAUCUUUGUGGGGUACUUCUUUGGCUACAGAAAACAGCCAUACGACCAUCCGGUGAGAACCAAUCAGAUUCCAAGACAGGUCCCCGAGCAGAUCUGGUACAUGAAUCCCUUCCUCAGUACCCUGAUGGCUGGAAUUCUACCGUUUGGAGCUGUUUUCAUCGAGCUCUUCUUUAUUCUCACCGCAAUCUGGGAGAAUCAGUUCUACUACAUGUUUGGUUUCCUGUUCUUGGUAUUUGGUAUCCUCAUCGUAUCGUGCGGACAGAUUGCAAUCGUCAUGGUUUACUUCCAGUUAUGUGGAGAGGACUACCACUGGUGGUGGAGAUCCUUCAUAGUAUCUGGUGGAUCAGCAUUUUAUGUCUUUAUAUAUUCCGUCUUCUACUUCAUUACCAAGCUUGAAAUCACCCAGUUUGUUCCUGGUCUCCUUUACUUCGGUUACACCUUCAUGAUGGUGCUUACGUUCUGGAUAUUGACCGGUACGAUAGGAUUCUACGCGUCUUAUUGGUUCGUAUCCAAGAUAUACAGCGCCGUCAAGAUAGACUGAACACACUGUUAGGGGUUUCCCCCACACCCUGUCAGGGGAUUCCCCCAUACCCUUCCCAUCUUUUGAGCGAAAGACCUGUGGUUGUACAUAGUAAAUAAAGAAGUAAAUAAAAGAGUAAAUAAAUUGGUAUACAGACCUUCUAUCGUUUUACCACAACUAGUGCAACAACGGUAUCGGCCCAUGAACCUCUUACCGUGCUUAAACAACGUUGUUGGUCUAAAUCCUAGAGAUUAACAGAUUUUUUAGAGUGAUGUUAAGUUUGGCAGCUUUUGGUGUAUAUUUAUAUUAGAGCUCUCUGCCCUAUUAGAUUAAAUUUCUUUUCGAUUUGAUGUGUGUCAGGCGAAGGGAUGCAAACGAUUGCUUUAUCGAUGAAUGUACUUAUUGAUGAUGACACAUUUUAAAGUUCAACCUUUAGGCGACUAUAUCUACACAACACUUCAUAGUCUAUAUAUCAUCUAAAUUAUUACCAGUGAUCGGUAAAGUAUGCUUGUAUCUUUAUUAUUUGUUCAUCCUUUCCUAAGAAACCAAAAAAACAAAAAUAUGACAGCAGUAUGUAUUUGAGCCUUUCUACCGAGAACACACAAUGAAUGUUGCAUAUAUAGGAAAGAGCACUAGGAAAUGUUUCUUAUUCACACUAUGGCUUAAAAUUUAUUAUUUUCAUUUUUAUUUAUGUAAGUGAAGUCUAGUUCAGUCUUGGAUAGUUUGUUUUUAUUUUCUGCUGUUUGGGUGAUAGUUUGUUGUAGAUGCACCUAUUUUGUAGAUAACAUAUAUUUUUAAAGUGGAGAACAUGGCCAAAAAAUGCUCUGUGUG